AUGUCGCGGAGAGCUCAAGCCACUCUCCUUGGAGCGGUUUUGUUUUCCACCUUAACGAUAUGGGGCGUGCAUUAUAUGCAAGAUCAGGAGCGCGAGACCAUGUAUCAAGGUGUGCUCAGGGACGAUGAGCGGAGGCUACAAAAAAUGCGUCAGAGACAGGCCGAAUUAGAAGAGUCCCAAAGGAAACGCGAAGUGUAUGAGCGCGUUCAGCGAGUUUCGGCUCAGGACACGGCAAGCGAAGACACCAGACUAAGUUGAUCAUACGUCCUCUGGCAUGUUUCGUGAGGCUUGCCUGCUUUUGGAAGCUUCAGCUAGACGUGGUGAGGCUCCUCUCCACCGCAUUUCUCGCUGUCUGAUCACCCUUCCGCUCUGGCAUUAGGUAUAUCUACUGGAACUAUACACACCGCCAGCACUUCUCGAGCUUGUCUUGCAGGCUGAAGUAAUGCCGCCUUUCGGGAUCAGGCUGUUCACCGUCGAAAAUUGGCCACUCCUCUCGUAGCGCCAUCUCAGCGAUCCCAAACUGUGCAUGAUCUUAUUUUGCGCAUGCAUGCCGUUGUCGGCGUGCCAUCAGGGACCGUCAUCCUUGAGUAUGCAAUCUCG